GCGUGCAGUGGGCGGGGCUUCGUCUGCCCGUCUCGGAAGCCGUGAUUUCUCUAGUCUCGGUGAGAUGAGAUCCGCACCGGUGAAUGACAAGAUGCGGCGGAGCGACUGAUUCCCAGCAGCACCGAGACACAGAUGCGCGGAAGAGAGAGACACGACACUGCACCGUGAGAACAGACUCUCACUGCGGGAUUUCUGCCUCGAAACAGAAGAACUGCGGCUCUGGACGGAUUUCAUGUAAAGCAGAGCGACCAUCAGCAGAAUGAGCUCCUCUCCCGUUGUCUCACGCGUGUCCGUCGACAUCCUGGAGGAACUGCAGCUCUUCGCAGCUCAAAACCUGGAGAAGGUGGAGGUCAACAAAUACUAUGAAGUCAUCCGGGAGCUGGGGAAGGGCACCUAUGGGAAGGUGGACCUCGUCAUCCAUAAGAUCAGAGGUACCAAGAUGGCUCUGAAGUUUCUAAAGAAGAAAACAACCAAGCUGAAGAGUUUCUUGAGAGAGUACAGCAUCUCGCUCUAUCUGUCUCCAUGCCCCUUCAUCAUCAACAUGUUUGGCAUUGCUUUUGAAACAGAGGAAUACUAUGUUUUUGCGCAGGAAUAUGCGCCGUCCGGUGACCUGUUCGAUAUCAUUCCACCACAGGUGGGUUUGCCGGAGCCGGUGGCGAAGCGCUGCGUCCAUCAGGUGGCCAUCGCUCUAGAUUACCUGCACUCCAAAAAACUGGUGCACAGAGACAUCAAGCCCGAGAACAUCUUAAUCUUUGACAAGGAGUGUCGCAAGGUCAAGCUGUCGGACUUCGGCAUGACGCGGCGUGCCGGCUCGCCGGUGAAGCGUGUGAGUGGCACCAUCCCGUACACGGCCCCUGAGCUCUGCGACACGACCAAGCACGAGGGCUUCUGCGUGGAUUACAGCACAGACGUGUGGGCCUUCGGAGUGCUGCUGUUCUGCAUGCUGACUGGGAACUUCCCCUGGGAGAAGGCCAUGCCGUCCGACACUUUCUACGAGGAGUUUGUGCGCUGGCAGAGGCGGCGGAGCGGCACGGUGCCGUCCCAGUGGCGCAGGUUCACAGACGAAGCCCUGCGCAUGUUCCGAAAGCUCCUGGCCCUCGAGCAGGAGCGCCGCUGCUCCGUCAAGGAGGUGUUAGCGCAUUUUGUCCACCGUUGGAUGCUGGAUGGCCAGGCUAGCGGAAGCCACCAUCAGGAUGCGCUGAACUCUUCGUCCGAGGAGGAGGAGCUACUGGUGGACCGUAUGAAGCAGCAGACCCUGUCUCCGACGGCUUCCAAGACCAAUGGCAUGGAGUCGGGAGCAGCUCACCACUUCACCUCCGUGUCCACGAACAGCUCCGUGUCUUCCACCAACAGCUACGAGCGCUCGGCCAGAGACAGCCCACCAAGCAGCCGCAUCCUGGUCACAACGCCGAUAGAGAUCUGCGUGUAGAGAUCUAAUUGCUGGUGAAAUUAAUGCGCACACAAGCAGACGCAUCCAUAAGAGACUCUCAUGUGUAUCUGGAACGGAGUCUGUUAUAACUAGGGCUGCACGAUAAAUCGCAUGCGAUUGUCCUGCGCAUCUCGUCAGUA